CAUAAUUAUAUAGUACGUAUAUUAAUGGUGAGGGCAGCGUACGUGGACAGGCGGACCGGCUUGAAGAAAGGGGCUUGGAGCCGAGAAGAGGACGCCAAGCUCCGGGAUUACAUUCAGCGCGGCGCCCACCCCACCACCACUUGGCGCCUCCUCCCCAUUUCUGCCGGUUUGGCAAGAUGUGGAAAGAGUUGCAGACUGAGGUGGAUGAACUAUCUGAGGCCUGGUGUGAAACGCGGGAAUUUCACCAAGCACGAAGAGGAUCUCAUCGUCAGAUUGCAUUUCCAACUUGGAAAUAGAUGGUCACUAAUUGCUGCAAAGCUGCCUGGAAGAAGUGACAAUGAAAUAAAAAAUCACUGGCACUCCCACUUAAAGAAGCAAUAUAUCAACAAUCAAGAUCCUACUGCAGUAGGUCAUGUUGUUGCAGCUGCAGAGAAGCCAUCAUUAUCAUCAUCAUCGUCAUCAUCAUUAUCUGGUCAAUCUGAUCUUGGCACUUGGACAACAAGUGUUCAUAUUCAGGAGGAGGAACAACUUGCGGCCAAGGACUACAACAAUGGUUAUUCUUCAUCUUCAGAAAACCUUAAAAGCUGCAGGACUGAUGAUAUUGAUGAUGUCAACUUGGACCCUCUCCCGGAUGAAUUGUACUUAUAUGGAACAAGUUAUAAUGCCACUCCCAAUGCUGCUGGAAUCAUAAACACUAGUACCUCUACCACCAAUGGUCGCCAAGAUCACGAUCAACAACUCGCUUCAAGGAAUAUCUUCAGCGUGACAAAAGCCCAAGCCGGUGAUGAUGAUAGUGGAGUUAGGAGUAUAUAUGGGUGCAAGCAAGUCGAGAUGGACAUGGACAUGGGCAUUGAUUUCCCCAUGAUUCCUGCUACAGAUCAAUAUUAUGAGCAGCAGGUGCAGAAAUGGAUGGCUGACGAGGAGUCCGCCUGCAGUAGUAGUGGCACGAAUUUCAUGAUGAAUACUGAAACAGCAGUAUUUUAUUCUGAAGAAGAUCUCGCAUCCUAUAUUCCCCUUUGGCAACAUACACAGUAA